AUGCGAAGCCCAUCAUUUGCCUCGUGGCCGCCGCCGCCGCCACUGCUGCUGCUGCUGCUGCUGCACCCGUGGCAAGUCUGCACGCAGGCGCCCUCCCUGGCUACCUCCUCGGGGGUCUCGGGGGCCCCGGACUGCCCCGAGGCGUGCGCGUGCGCGCCAGGCGGCCAGGCCAACUGCUCGGCACUCGCGCUGUCCGCGGUGCCGGCGGGCCUGAGCCGGCGAGUGCGCGCCCUGCUGCUGGACCACAACCGCUUGGGUUCGCUGCCGCCCGGCGCCUUCGCGGACGCGGACGCGCUGCUGCGGCUGGACCUGCGCGAGAACGGGCUGCGCUGGGUGCACGCGCGCGCUUUUUGGGGCCUGGGCGCGCUGCAGCGGCUCGACCUGAGCGCCAACCGGCUGGAGGCGCUAGCGCCAGGCACCUUCGGGCCGCUGCGCGCGCUGCGCACCCUCUCGCUGGCGGGCAACCGGCUGGCGCGCCUGGAGCCGGCGGCACUAGGCGCGCUCCCGCUGCUGCGCGCGCUCAGCCUGCAGGACAACGCGCUGUCCGCGCUCUCGCCGGGCCUGCUGGCCGGCCUGCCAGCCCUCGACGCGCUGCGCCUGCGCGGCAACCCUUGGACCUGCGACUGCGCGCUGCGCCCGCUUUGCACCUGGCUGCGUCGGCACCCGCGGCCCGCAUCAGAAGCCGAGACGCCGGUCUGCGUGUCGCCGGGGCGCCUGGCGCGCAGCCCCCUGGCCGCCUUCCCCGAUGCCGCCUUCCGACACUGCGCGCGGCCGCUCGCCCCGCGCGACCUGGCGAUGAUCUACAUGCUCGGGCCCGCGUCCUUCCUCGCCAGCCUGGCCGCCUGCCUGGCGCUGGGCUCCGCCCUCACCGCCUGCCGCGCGCGUCGCCGCCGCCGCCAACGCACUGCUGCCCACCGCCCGCCAAGGAGAUCGUUGGACCUCGACCCCGGCGGCCCAGCCUCGCCAGCGAACGCUGGGAGCCCCGCCGCCGCCCCCGCCGAGGCCUGA